UUGUUGACCAUUGACGAAGCUUGGUCUUUGUGACGAAGUCAUGAAACUGCAUAAAAGUAACCAAGUGCGCCGGAGGUUCGUGUUGCUCUAUGAAGCAAGCAAGCAAUCAUAUUAAUAUUAAAAUCAAAGACCAAGGAUUAAAAUCAACAGGUUUCUGAAUGAUUACAAGUGUCAAAAGUCUGGCCUAAAGUUCUAUGUAACCAGGCCAAAAAUUCCAAAAAAAAACAAAAAAAGUGUCAAAAGUCAAAACUUUAAUCGAGCGAGUGCAAGUAGCAUGCCGAAUUGUUAAAAUCCUGUUUUGUAUUUAUCAAUCAUAAUUAAUCAAGAAUUGAAUUAAAGAUAACAAAUAUUUCAUUUCUACUAAUUAUAAUAUAUCUCGGUAUAAUAAUGGUCCGGUUUAAGAAUAGGUAUGUUACUGUGACUAUAGCAUCACCUACAGUUCCUGAAAAUAAACCUCUCAGUUUGAAAUCGAAAAUAUUCCAUGACACUGUUCUUACUAAGAUUCAACAGUUGCACGGAGACUUUGGUAUUGCAUCUGUUAGAACUGGCUUCUUAACAAAAUAUUGUAAUGAAAAUACUAGAAUUGCAAUACUGAGAUCUAGACAUGGACCUCAUAGAUUUGUUACAAGUAGUCUUCCGUUUAUUACAAAAAUUGGGAAAUUAGAUGUCAGUAUUAAAACGCUACAUGUAGGAGCAACAUUAAAACACAGCUUUAAAUUUAUACAGAAGUAUCAAAGAGCAUACUUGGACAAUAUGUGGGCAACACUUAAGACUGAAGAAGAAAGGAAAAUGUUGGAAGCUGCAGUAAUGGACUUUACUAAGACAGAUGUGGCAAUAAAUAUAGACAACAUUUCUUAAUUAACAUGUUUUACUUGUUAAUCCUUCUUGACAAAUAUAAAAUUAAAUUACCUA